AUGGCGGCCGCGGACUCCGACUCCGCCAUCUCCACCUCCACCUGCCCGCACUGUCUGCAUGAGAUUCCAUCGUCAAACAUUGCAUUGCACAGCGCACACUGUGCUCGGAACCUUCAGAAGUGUGAACAUUGUGGAGAUAUGGUUCCGAGGAAGCUUAUGGAUGAACACUACGAUGAAAACCAUGCUCCGAUGAAUUGCUCACUUUGCAAACACAAAGUAGAACGUGAGCUAUGGGAUCUUCAUACAGGCAUACAAUGCCCGCAAAGGAUGCUCGCAUGCCAAUACUGCCAGUUUGAACUGCCUGCAGUCGAUCUUUUUGAACAUCAGGAUGUGUGUGGAAAUCGAACAGAAUAUUGUCAAAGUUGCAGGAAGUAUAUCAGACUUCGUGAAUGGAUUGGACAUGAACUCCAGUUUCAUACGAUUUUAAAUGCUGCAUCAGAACUUUCAAGUGACAGGACUCCAGCAGCAGCAGCAGAGCAGCCAGUACCAAAGCCAGCGCGACCUGCUACUGGUUCACUUCACAAACAACUGCUCUUGGCGGUUGCAAUAACUGGAGUUGCAGUUUUGAUUGGAUCGAUACUGUACCAAAGUAAGGGAAAGUAG